AUAGUAUUUCCUAGGGUUGGGAAGGAGUGAGCUCAGUCUUUUCUGCUUUGGGGAUUGGCCAGUUGGAUCGUUUGUCUCUCCUGUGGAUGAUUUGUGAGGCCCCUCACUGUGUCUGGCCCCGGCUGGGUGCUGGGGUCUGGAGGGGAAUGCACUGCGUCUUCAAGCUUCAGCAGUGGGCAUUGCCAGCUGUGCCCUGGGGAGUCCGCAGCCAAGAGACCUAACCUGACAGUCGCCUCACAGUGUAGGAGGGAGGCAGUGAGGGUGUGCAGCUGGUUGCAGCUGCUCCUCUACCUCACUCUCUGAGCCUCACUUUCCUCUUCUGUAAAGUGGGGAGAAUCCCUGUGUCCGAGCAUUAGGUGAGCUGUAGGAUAGAUGCAUUGGAGAGUAGUACACCAACCCUGCCCGGCCCGGCACCUGACACUUCCUAGUGCUUAGUAAGUGGUUAGCUGUUGUUAUUCAUGGUUGUUUCAAUGUCUCAUUACUCUGGGAGGACGGGCUGUGUCCCCAGUGCCCAGCCAAGAGCCCAGCAGGCCCAGCACAGAUCGGGGCUGGAACGAGAGGAGUGUGCCUCAUCGAAGCAGGGAAGGCUUCAGGGAAAAAGCUCUGUCUGCCUCAUGGGCCUGUUUCAAAUCCACUUCCCAGGCGGAUGCACUGCCUGCCAGCCCACACUUGCAUUGUCUCACUGUCACCCCAUCACCGUCACCCCAGCAACCCUGGCAAGGAGCUGCACACAUCCCCUCUUUCGAUGUAGAGGUUCAAGCUCUGAGCGAGCUGGCUCCCAACCACAGCUCAGACAUGUCAGGGCUGGAAAUGCACUGUGUCUUCAAGCUUCAGCAGUGGGCAUUGCCAGCUGUGCCCUCCCUUGGCUCUCCCCAAGGCUGCCACCUAGAACCAGUGGGAGACACUGGUUCUAGAUGUGGUUUCCACACUGACUUGGUGCACCGUUGUAAAGAAGCCCUGUGUAUCUUUAAAGGAGAGGUGGCCUUCAUUCAUUUCUUCCUUUUCUUUUUGUUUGUUGUACCACAAAUGACCACCUUCUCUCUUUUGUCAUCGCUUUAUAUGUUCCCUGUUGUUUGCGUUUAUUUGAAACUCUUUAUGGGCACACACUUCUCGUUCUCCUUUCCCCCCUGGAGUUUGGUUUCUAGGAAGCUGCCUUUGUAAAUGCUUAAGGACAGUUACAUCUCCUGGGAAGUGACUGCUGCAAGUGAGGAGUUGGGUGAAAGGACUGACCCCCGAGGACCUGUCCAUCCACUCACCCAUCCGGAUUAUGGCAGGAAAAGUAAAAUGGGUCACUGAUAUCGAGAAGUCAGUGCUGAUAAAUAACUUUGAAAAGAGAGGAUGGGUCCAGGUGACAGAAAACGAGGAUUGGAAUUUUUACUGGAUGAGCGUGCAAACAAUCCGGAACAUUUUUAGCGUCGAAACUGGAUAUCGGCUCUCGGAUGAUCAAAUAGUCAACCAUUUUCCAAACCACUAUGAACUGACCCGGAAGGAUCUGAUGGUGAAGAAUAUUAAAAGAUACCGGAAAGAGCUGGAGAAAGAAGGGAGUCCUCUGGCAGAAAAAGAUGAAAAUGGAAAAUACCUUUAUCUGGACUUCGUUCCCGUCACCUACAUGCUGCCCGCCGACUACAACCUGUUCGUGGAGGAGUUCAGGAAAAGCCCCUCCAGCACCUGGAUCAUGAAACCUUGCGGCAAAGCCCAGGGAAAGGGCAUCUUUCUUAUCAACAAGCUCUCGCAAAUCAAAAAGUGGUCCCGGGACAGCAAAACUUCUUCGUUUGUCUCCCAAUCUACUAAGGAAGCCUAUGUGAUCUCGCUCUAUAUUAACAACCCGCUGCUAAUCGGCGGGAGGAAAUUUGACCUGCGCUUGUAUGUCCUGGUGUCUACGUACCGUCCCCUGCGCUGUUACAUGUAUAAACUUGGAUUUUGCCGAUUUUGCACAGUAAAAUACACGCCAAGUACCAGUGAGUUGGAUAACAUGUUUGUUCAUCUCACCAACGUGGCCAUUCAGAAACAUGGGGACGACUACAACCACAUCCAUGGGGGCAAGUGGACGGUGAAUAACCUGCGGCUCUACUUGGAGAGCACCCGCGGCAAGGAGGUGACAGGCAAGCUGUUUGACGAGAUCCACUGGAUCAUCGUGCAGUCCCUGAAGGCCGUGGCGCCGGUGAUGAACAACGACAAGCACUGCUUUGAGUGCUACGGCUACGACAUCAUCAUAGACGACAAGCUGAAGCCCUGGCUGAUUGAGGUUAAUGCAUCCCCAUCCCUCACCUCCAGCACUGCCAACGAUCGAAUCCUUAAGUAUAACUUGAUUAACGACACCCUCAAUAUCGCUGUCCCUAAUGGUGAAAUUCCAGACUGCAAAUGGAACAAGUCACCCCCAAAGGAAGUUCUGGGAAAUUAUGAAAUCCUGUAUGACGAGGAGCUGGCCCAGGGUGACGGGGCUGACCGGGAGCUGAGAAGUCGUCCGGGACAGUCUCUGGGGCCCAAAGGUGGCCGGCUGCGCGACUCGGGGAGAACCGCCCUCACCACCUGGAAGUGACGGCCGCAGGACACUCCCACCUGGCCUCGGCGGGCCUCAGGCCUCGCUCACACACCCGGGCCCUUUCUGAAGCCUGGUUUUAUAGAUUUCCUUUUUCUAUGUCUUUUUUCCCUUUCCUAAGCACUGUAAAUAAAUAAAGGCACUCCUCUGGUAGGUUAAAAA